UCCGGCAAGCGGCCGUGGGUCGAGGCUCCGCCACGCUACUGCCCUCCUCGGUUCCGCCGUCAGGAGGACUCCGAGAGAGGUUCUGACGCCAUCAGGGUGAAUUUCCAGAGACUGUCUCUUGCUGGCAAAGACUGCGAACAAGAAAUUCUGGCCGUUUUCAGGGAGCUUGGGGAGGGGAAGGCUUGUACAGUUCAUGAUCUCGCACGUCAGCUCAAAACCCAAAAGAAGGAAGUCAACCGCGCUCUGUAUAAACUCUUCAGAGAAGGCAAGUUGCACAAGGGUGACGAGACGCCGCCGCUGUGGAGGAUUGCCAGCCCAAGCGCCGAGAGGGAAAGAAGCCCCGCUGACCACAGUGGUGGUCACGCAGAUCCAGCUGGUGAGAGCGGAGGAGGAGGAGGAGGAGGAGAGGGGAGCGCGGUUGGCGCGGGAGACGCCGAUCCCGCGAUGGCCGAGACGAAGGACAAAAUCUGCAACUACUUGUUCAGCGUGGCGGACACGACGGCGCUCAACCUGGCCAAAAACAUCGGGUUUUCGCGGGCCAAGGACGUUAACGCCUUCCUGAGCGCUCUGGAGAAGCUGGGCGAUGUCCACAAGCAGAACACGAGCCCCCCGCGGUGGUCCCUGACCGACAGGAAGCGCGAGCGGAUGCAGAUGAGGCUGAAGGCCAGCGUGGUGACGCAGACGGUGGAGCCCAGCCCUGAGCCGGCUUUGCCACCUGCCUUUGUCCCACCGUGUCCCCAGGAGGCGACUGGAGCUUCGCCAGCAGCGGCGCCCUCGGAAGAAGAAAGUGUCGCGAACGGCCAACGGCCCUUGGGGCAAACGGAUCAGAGCGACGCCAGCGACACGGAAGCCGCCGCGCCGGAGGACACGAAGCCCCAGUUCUCCGGUUUGAGUCACUAUGAUAACUCUGAGAACGGCAAGUGGGCCACGGAUGAUAUCCCAGAUAACCUGAACACUAUCAACAAGCAGCCUGAUGGGGCGGAAUCCAUCAUGAGUUCCCAGUCUUCCCCCAGUUACGCCGCCCAGUUUGAAACCGCUUUCCCGUGUACGCCCGUAGAGAAACUGAUGGCUUGUCAGGAGAAGAACCCAGUGAGUGGCCUUACCGAGUAUUCCCAGUACACCUACCAGCACUGUGAGUUUGCCAUGCUGGAGCAGAGCGGACCCUCUCACGAGCCACGAUUUAAGUUCCAGGCGGUGAUUAAUGGGCGCCGAUUCCCACCAGCGGAAGCAGGGAGCAAAAAACUGGCGAAGCAGGAGGCGGCAGCGAACGCCAUGAAGGUUCUGAUGAGCGAGGCGGACAACGGCAGGCAGGGGGGGAUUAAGUGUGAAGAGCCCUUCCCCUCCGGCACCUCCGAACUGGAAUUGCCUUUGCAGCCAGAGCCAGAGGCGUCGUGUGCCCCGGCUCCCCUCGCCCUGCUCCCUGGGAAACACCCUAUCAGCGUCUUGAUGGAAUACGGACAGAAGUCGGGGAACACGAUUGAAUUCCAGCUGCUCUCUCAGGAGGGCCCACCCCACGAUCCGAGGUUCAGCUACUGUGUGAAAAUGGGUGACCAAAUUUUCCCUGCUGUGGUAGGAAACAGCAAGAAGGGAGCAAAGCAAAUGGCAGCAGAAGUUGCUGUGAAGAUUCUUUCUGGAGAGUCUGUACCCCAUGGCUUGCCUGAACAGCCUGUCGUGAAGCCCCCUGGUGACCACUCCGUGCCCAGCUGCGGACCGUGGAUUGCCGCUCCGGAUGAAUCCAAGGUGGCAAAAGCGAAGGGUGUCGGGGAGCUCAUCAAAUACCUUAACGUCAAUCCCGUCAGCGGCCUGCUGGAAUACGCCCGCUCCAAUGGCUUCGCAGCAGAGUUCAAACUCAUUGACCAGUCAGGACCUCCCCAUGACCCCAAGUUCGUCUAUCAGGCGAAGGUGGGAGGCCGGUGGUUCCCAGCCGUCACCGCGCACAACAAGAAGCAGGGCAAGCAGGAGGCGGCCGACGCGGCGCUCCGGGUCCUCAUUGGGGAAACGGAGAAGAUGGAGCGCAUGGAAGGGAUGAACAUCACCGAGCUCCCCGUGAGCGGCAGCACGCUCCACGAUCAGCUGGCCAUGCUGAGCCACCAGCGCUUCAACACCCUCACGACUCGCAUCCAGCACAGCCUGCUCGGGAGGAAGAUCCUGGCUGCCAUCAUCAUGCGGAAAGGAAAUAAGGGCCUGGGCGUGGUGGUCAGCAUCGGAACGGGCAAUCGCUGUGUGAAAGGAGAAGAGCUGAGCUUGAAGGGGGAGACGGUGAAUGACUGUCACGCCGAAAUCAUUGCUCGAAGAGGCUUUAUGAGGUUCCUCUACAGCGAGCUGAUGAAGUAUGACCCUUCCUCUGCGGCCGAGAGCAUUUUUGAGCCAGCGGGAGGGAAGAGACUCAAAAUAAAGAGCAGCGUCACCUUCCACCUCUACGUCAGCACAGCCCCUUGUGGAGACGGGGCGCUCUUCGAUAAAUCCUGCAGCGACCAGGCGAGCGUGGUGGGGCAAACCCAGCACCAGCCCCUCUUCGAGAACCCCAAACAAGGCAAGCUGCGGACCAAGGUGGAGAACGGGGAAGGUACCAUUCCCGUGGAGUCGAGCGACAUUGUGCCCACGUGGGAUGGGAUCCAGCACGGGGAGCGGUUACGAACCAUGUCCUGCAGCGACAAGAUCUUGCGCUGGAACGUGCUGGGCUUGCAAGGGGCGCUGCUGUCCCACUUCAUCGAGCCGGUGUAUCUCAGCUCCGUCACGCUCG